AUGAUACAGUCCGGAGGCAGCGUCAAAGACGUCACAGGUUUUGUGAUCAACGCACUCUUCGGCGGCCAAGUCAACACCGUUCUUGUUGAUCUUUGUCUGCGGGAGAGCGUGCGCCUGACGAUACGUGGAGCCCCCGGGAGCGACGUGCUUCUUGAGAAGGCCAAGCAGGGUGACAAGGUCGAGGUGAUUCCGGACGGAUCGUACGCAACGUUCCUGCUUGAUCUAGCUCAUUUUAACCCGGAAAUUUAUACUGAGCCAUUGCGCUUCGAUCCUAGCCGGUAUGAGGCCCACCGCGCCGAGGAUGAAAGAGUCCCGUAUGCUUUCAUAGGCUGGGGCGUUGGGAGACAUCCGUGCUUGGGAACUCGCUUUGCGAAGCUGGAGAUCACCUUGAUCAUGGCUUACUUUUUCGCACUCUUUGACUUUGAGCUAGCUGCAGAUGCAGGUGGCGGUCCUACAACUUACCCGGUGUUUGAAAAGGCUGCGCGCGAAUAA